CAGAUGGCAACCAACACUAGUUCCUCAAGCUGGAAAACCCCUCACCACAUGUUCCACGCCCUCUUCUGGUGAAAACAUGAAUUGGCCGCUCUCCCAACACUCACCAUCAGCAAAACCAGACCUCACACACGCAGUGGUCCUCAUGGUCCCACACUUCUGUGUCUUCCUUCAGUUAUCUUAUAUAGGGGUCUCACUGUUAUUACACAAUCUAGAUUUGCUGUUCACUGACGGGUCAUCAUGCCCUCUCUUUGGAAGCCACCUUGUUCUUCACCAUGUUCACCAUCUUCAGGUGUUUUACCAUAUUCAGGUGUUUUAUCAUCUUCAGGUGUUUUAUCACACCUUCAAACAACCAAUAAUGACGGCUUAUCUGUGACCUGAGGAUAAUUUGUGAUGAGCAACAAAUGCAUGUCUGCAAAAAAUCCGAUGUGUCAUGUAUCCACGUGCUUUAUGCCACUGUUUACUGUUGUGAUUGAACAUGUUAAACACCGAAGGACACACACCUAUAUGUAUUUAUCCAUUUUUUGGUUUCCUUUCCAGCCAUUCAGUAACAAGGCCACUGACGGACGCUAGACAGAAGUCGGCCGAGUCAGUAAGACAGAUAUCAAAUAUUAUCCAGUAGGUGUCGCUCUAUUCACGCUUUCUCUGUCAGUGGACUUUAUCUAGUAGUGGAAGAGUUAACGCUGGUGGAGCUGUUUCUCCCUUGACACGAAAAGUCUUUCAGGACAGAAGAAAAAAGGGACCGAUAGGGCGGCAAGACAACCGAGGAUGUAGCUUGAAUCCGGACUUUUUUGGAAUACAAUAACAAGCACAUCAGAAAUAGAGGUCGCUGAUGUAGCAAAAUAUGGAGGGGGAUCCGAAGCACAAUGGUGUAGGAUACGUUUUGGUGGUGUGAAGUUACUUUUUAAAGGCGAGAUUUAUUUUUAGUGAGAAGUCUUAACAAUGCUUCGUACGGACCGAAGCAGGUCCGUAGUGAUUGUGCUCUGCCUUCUAGGAUGCAAUGUCUGGAAAGUGGUUACUAAAACCCUGCAAAAGGAUACUGAUGCUAAAGAGGUAACUCUCAAGGUGCACCUGAGUGACUCCAGCACCCACCAGCCUCUCCCUGGAGUCACUGUGGAGAUCUUUGCCAACCACACCUCUGUUGCCACGGAGACCUCGCUCGGCGACGGCAACGUCUUCCUCAGGUUCAGCUAUCGCCUGGGCGACCUGCUGGUGGUCACGGCCACGAAGCGAGGCUAUGUGCCAAACUCCGCCCCGUGGCGUCCCACCAGACUGCCAGUCUUCUCCUCCCUCAGUCUGGACCUGCUCCCUGAGAGAGCUGCAACUCUGAUGGUGUAUGAGGAUGUGGUGCAGAUUGUGUCGGGAUAUCAAGGCUCCAGACUGCAGCCGUGGGUCCAGUUCCAGCGGCGGGCGUUGAGUCUUCCUCCAAACGCCUCCUACACCAACCUCACCGCUCUGCUCACCGUCACACACUCGCCCCACGACACACACCGCCUGUCCUACCUGCAGGCCCUCAACGCCAACACUACAGGGGGUUUUGAGUUGACUCCCGUAGCAGCAAUCAGCGUGCACCUGCUGGGCAGUGACGGGGCGGAGCUUCAGGUCAACGAGCCAAUCAGCGUGAGUGUGCCUCUUCCUGCUAACAGCGGCCUGAAGGAGAAUGACCACAUCCCCGCCUGGAGGUUUGACCCCAAACUGGGCGCGUGGCUGAAGAGCAGUCUAGGGUACGUGCAACGAGAAGGAGACGAGCUCAUCCUUACCUACAUCGCAUCACAGCUGGGCUACUGGGUCGCAGCCAUGUCUCCUCUCAACACAGGUCCAGUGGUUGCGAAAGACAUCAGCACAUAUCACACAGUGUUCCUGCUGGCUAUUCUGGGAGGCAUGGGCCUGAUUCUGCUGCUUCUGCUCUGCCUGCUUCUCUAUUACUGCAGGCGGAAGUGCGCUCACUCGCACCCCCACUCCCACAGGAAGCUGGUGUCGUCCUCAGCCCUGGAGGGCACCAAGCAGGACCAGUCCACCUCCAUGUCCCACGUCAACCUGAUCAGCGAGACCCAGCUGGACCCCCUGGACCUGACCUCUCAGGGCCUGGAGCCCGACCUGCACACGCCCAUGCUCAAGCCCGUCCCGUACAUCGUCUCCUCCUCCUCCGCCGACGAGCUGGGGGCGUCCCGCGACGACCUGCCGCGCAGCCGCGGUUCCCGCGGCAACCACUUCCGCCGCUCGGCGGAGACGUUCGAGCUGAAGGCGGGCCGCUCGGCAGAGCCCUCGGAGGCGGACUACCGCCGCAGCUACACCUCCGUGCUCUCCUCCGCCCUGCACCCGCUCCACACCUCCGUCUCCUGCUCGUCAUCCCCCCAUCCGCUGCUGCGCCUGUGCUCCGAGGACCGCUGCAGCCAGCGGGACGAGACCCGCCUCUCCCCGCUCAGAGACACGCCCCGGAGCCCCGGCCCCGCCUCCCCGUGCUUAGAGGUGGGGCUGGACCGCCGCGUAGGGGAGCUGCUCUCGCGCUCCGUGGACCAAUUAGAGAGAGGCCCCCUCUCUCUCUCCCUCCCCCGGCCCGGGGCCCUCUUGUGCUGCAGCUCGGAGCUGGCCGUCAGUCAGGCCCAUAGAGGAGGGGCUUACAUGAGGCCCCGCCCCACACUCGUCAUCCCCGCCCACUACAUGCGGCUGCCCGGGACACACCCCCUCUCGGGCCAGGCGCUGCUCCUCCAAUCGGACGAGCGCAGCGAGCUGGAAAGCAUCCAGGCCGAGUUGGCCGCUUCCCAUCAACCCCUGGGCCAGGUGAGCUCAGGAGAGCCCGCUGGGGAGGGAGGGGGUGAGGUGAUUGAGGGAGGAGUGGUGGUGAAGGAUAGAGAGACUGACCGAGGGGGAGGUGGAGAGGGGGAGUGGAGCCAGAAUCUGUCCAUCCCCGAGCGGCUGGGUCAAACUGGGCUCGGCCUGGUGCAGAUGAACGGCGAGGACCAGCUGCUGGCGGAGAAGGCCCUGAUGGAGCUGCGGGGGGGCAAGCCGCUGCCGCACCCCAGGGCCUGGUUCGUCUCCCUGGACGGCCGCUCCAACGCGCACAUCCGCCACUCCUACAUCGACCUGCACGGGGCGGGCCGGGGCCCCACGCCGGCCGGCCGCGGCAACGACGCCAGCCUGGACUCGGGCGUGGACAUGGGGGAGGUGAGGGGGCCAGGGUGGCGGCGGGCGCCGACGGGGGUCCGGAAGGCGGCUCAGCACACGGCCAAGUCGGCUGCGCCAGCUGCUUCCCCUCCCCCACCCCCCAAUGUCACCUACACGCAGCUGGUGUUUCUGGAAGAUUCCAGCGGCGACAGCAGCAAAGGAGGGACACCGGUUCACAGCCCGCCGUCGGACGGAAACCAAGUGAGAGAGGAAGAGGAGAGGAGAGACCUGGAAGACGAGGACACGGGGUCCUCAAUGUCCCCCUCUCCUCCCUCCCCCAUGUCCCCUCCUCUGCACUCUCCCCCGCCUCUGCCCGAGCCCACGCCUACGCAGGAGGACAACGAGGACGAGGACGAAGAUGAUUUCCAGACUGAGCACGCUCAGACACACGCACAGCUUCCCCCCGGCAGUAGUCCUCCGGACGAGCUGGCCGCCCCCGACGACAGCGGCGAGGACGAGAACAAGAAGAGCCUGUGGCAGAAGCGUGAGGAGCGGCCACUGCUGCCCUUUCACCUCAAGUGACCCCUGACCUCUGGACUUCCUCCUUUUGCAUGGUCUGUGCACAAACCAGGAAGGGGAGAAGAACAGCUGCGAGGUUGACUGAAUAGCAAGUGCUAAUGUCUGUGUGAGUGUGCGCACGCAUUGUAUGAACACUCAGAAGCAAAAAUGCAGUACUAUACAGUUACACACAACUAUUCUGCUAUACCUUUGUAAAGACAGUGUCCUGACACAAGGAGGAGAGGAGCAGGCUGGUUGAGUAUAGCUCUACAGCUCAUCGCCCCCUUGUGGACACCUGUGAACACAGCACUAUGGUUCAAACAUUUGCUGCUUUGCUAAAGUUUUGGGAGUACUCUUAUUCCAAGCGAACAGGAGUGGAACUCAAAUUAAGAGACUCUUUUCUAAAUGCCUUUGAAUCUUGCGAGCGAGCGAGCGAGCGUCAUCCUUAUCCAGGAAACAGCCAUAAGCAGCGCUAGAGGGACAUGACCGCACGCGGUUCUGCUGGUCAGUCUGAAUCCACAGUGCAAUCAGUCCAGUUCCGCACUCUGCAGUGACCGGUACUGAGAGUGAGGGCUAGACCUUGGAAUAUGGAGCGGCUCAAGUGAUGGUGGCUCCAGUGAUGGCAGCUUCAGUGAUGAAGCACUGUGGCGCUCACCACCCCAGCUUAACAGCCUCACACAGCUGUGCAGCUAUGCAAUGCUUUUGUACUGAAAGAAACCCCUAUGGCUUCCAGUGCUGGUUUGAACCACUACCUGUUUUAUUUAGUAUGCCGAUUAUUUUACUCAAGUUAUUUUUAUGUCACUGUCUGUCUUCAUUCUGUGUGGAUGGAUGGAUGGAUGGAUGGAUGGAUGUUUUGUGGAAUGGGUUGGGACACACACACACACACACACACACACGCACACGCACACGCACACGCACACGGUCACACAGAUAUGUUGUAAUACCAAAUAUACAGUAGUAAUGGGUUAAGAUCUGUAAUCUCAUGUCCAAGUGCCUUAAUUGUGGUUAACACCAAACUAAAGCCCCUCUGCUCUCCUGCCCCUCUGCUCUCCUGCCCCUCUACUCUCCUGCCCCUCUGCCCUCCUUCCUCCUGCCCCUCUGCUCUCCUUCCUCCUGCCCCUCCAUCUCUCCACAGAGGACAUCAUCAUCAUCGUAACUCCACUCUACUUUCAUCUCACUUCCAUCACCCCUCUCACAUUAGGCCGCUGCUGGUCUAUGUUAGACACAUUUAUGUUUUUCUUAUUCUCUCUUUCCCCUUUCCUCUCUCCUCUCUUGUCCUCUGCUGGAUAACCCACGUGAAGUUAUAUGGUCUUUUCUUGUCUUUCUUACCUUGGCCAGAUGCUAUAUGGCAAAGCUGAUACAAAAAUAACUGAUGUGAUGUGUGUGUUGGUUUGUAUUUGUGUUUAUGGAAGUAUGCACACAAUAUUCCUCCACAUCACAAAUCUGUGUGUGUGUGUGUGUGUGUGUGUGUGUGUGUGUGUGUGUGUGUGUGUGUGUGUGUGUGUGUGUGUGUGUGUGUGUGUGUGUGUGUGUGUGUGUGUGUGUGUGUGUGUGUGAUUUUUUUUUGUAUGGUCACAUAUGCAUGUCUAUCACAUUGGUCUGUUAGCAAACCUUAUUUUCUUGUCCUUAGAGGUGUGUAUGUAUCCUUGUAUGUUCACAUGCAUAUGCUUGUGUGUGUCAUUGGCCUUUUAACAAACAUUUUAUUUGCCUUUUUAGAAGUGUCGAGCCAUGUUUGUGUGUCUGGAUGAUGUGUGUGUGUGUUUGUGUGUGUGUGAGCAUAUGACUCUGUCUCUCUGAGAUGUUGUGUACUGAAGUGUGUGCCGUUCCUCUUGCAGCCUGUGUUCUGUUUCUAAGUUAGAGCGCUCUGUUUGUGCUUUAUGUACCUUCACAACCACUUAAGAAUGACUCCACUGUACGCUGUCCUACACCAGACUUCUCCACAGUGUUGCAGCCUACCCAUGCCAAUCUGCUAUGUGGAAAUCUGCAUUGUGCUUCUCAACUGCAGUCUAUAGUCGUCCAGUCUCUUCCGCUCAACUAUGCUCUGAAUGUACGGUUGCUUGUACAAUGAUUCACACUUAAAUAAACUCUUAGAUGAACUCUUAAA